AGAAAUUAGAUGAAAAGUUAAAAAAAUGGAAGUGUUGUCAUAUUUUUUAAGCCCAUCUACCCAACUCAUUGUAGGCCCAACCAUUGACUCAAAUCAUAAGCUCGCGUAUCGCCUAUGGCUUCAUCUACCCAAAUACCGCCGUUCCAACCCUAGGCAACGUUGGCAGCUGCGGGGAGACACGGAACAGUAAUCACUCAUCAGGGAGCAGUCAUAUGAGUAGCCGUUUAUUUCACCGGCGCUAGGCUCUUAUCCUGGAUUAAGACUUUUUGUUUUAUACAUAUAUUCUUUCGGAACAAUGCCGCCAACCAGGAAUAGCAAACGGCAAUUGCUCGGGGAGGACAACAAGGCUGCAACUGUUGAAAAAAGUUUGAACUUGCCCAAGAAAAGCCAGAAGACGAAUGAGGGAGCAGUCCCAUUACGCAAAAGUCGCAGACUGAUGAAAAAAGAAUUGUUGCCUGGGCGAGUGAGGCCUUCUUCUGCUUAUUACAUGUCUAAACUUAGAGAGUCCAAAUGUUAUGUACCAAAGGGAAAGGAGAUAGCGGAGACUGCAUUAUGCGAAUACAACAAGAAACACGGAACUGACUUGGAGUUAUUGAGGGUUUUGGACGGCAAGGAAUUGUGUUUCUUUGGGCCUGGUUUUUCCCAUGACUUUGCUGAAGGACAUUGUUAUUGGUUUCAUUUGAAUAUUGAGGCCAGACUAUGCAGUUCAGGCCCUGAUAACACAAAACCACUUCUUCUGUUUGUUGAAUCAAAAAUCAGUCCCAGAACGAAUCUUUCAACACUGUCACUCGUGGCGCCUACAGAUAAGUUCGAACUUCAGUUGUUGGAUUUGUUGUCGGUUGAUAUUUAUGCUUCAUCUCUUCUGAACUCAAUGGUUUCUGGUGCAGCCAAUGGUUGUCAGAAAUGCUGGUCUUUCAUAAGCCAUCCUCGUUAUGGAUUUCGUGCUGGUUUUGAUGCCUCCACGGCCAGUGAUCCUAAGCAAUUGUUGGAAGAUGAUGCUGUCAAAUUGUCACAACUUGCACUACAGGACUACAACGAGCAACAUGGAACAAACGUGAAGUUCGAAAAGGCUUUCGGAGGCAACAGUUUUACUGGUACUGGGAUUUCAAUGGACUUUGCCGAGAAGAGUACACGUUGGGUGCAUGUGAACUUUGAGGCAAGGGUGGGUUUUGGUCACAGGGAACAAUUGCGCCGCAUGUUUGCCGAACUCUACUAUGUGGAGAAUGAUGAUAAAUACGUGAUUGCUACAUUGUUACCCGCCGAACCUGAAGAGAAGCCAGACACUAUUUACCCGUGGACAGAUGGUUACCCAGAGAGUGAAUGCGCCAUCUGCCCAGGCGAGAUUCGCCAUCCGUGGCGUGCUUAUCGUUAUGGUUUCAACUAUCCACCGUCGAUUAUACCACGGGAAAAAUAUCCAUGAUGACUAGUAUUUAAUACCAUGCAUCCAACUGCUCUUUAUGGUUUAAUGUAUAGUUUUUUUAUAACCCUUAUAUGGUGCUAUCACACCUGAUCUGACUGAACCUUAAUCCUUUGAACUCUUUGUUUUGUGUUAAUCUCGGGCAAUAUUUUAUUAUAUGCCUUCAUUACCCUUCAAGUUGAACUGAUUUGUGUCUAGCUAGCUUUAUGAUUAAAGGCCUUGGAUUGUGCGUACACUAGUAGUCAAUUGUGCCGGAGUGCCCACUCUAGUUGUCCAUCUAGUGUACAUACACCUAACACAAAUAAAGUAU